GCCCCGCACGCGCCCCGCACCCAGACCCGCCCCGGGGCCAGGUGACUCAUACCCAGGUCAUGCUUUUGGUCCCUGAUCCAGCUGGCCUAGCCAGGUGAUCAUGCCUACCCUUGGCCCAGCUCUUCUUCAAGUGCUCUGGGCUGGCUGGGUCCUCACCCUCCAACCCCCUCCACCGGCUGCUUUCACUCCCAAUGGCACACAGCUGCAACAUCUGGCAAGGGACCCCGUGUCGGGUACCCUCUACGUGGGGGCCACCAACUUCCUGUUCGCGCUGAGCCCCGGGCUGCAGCUAGAAGCCAUGGUGGCCACGGGCCCCGUGAACGACAGCCGCGAUUGCCUGCCCCCCGUCUUGCCCGACGAGUGUCCCCAGGCACGGCCCACCAACAACCCCAACCAGCUGCUCCUGGUCAGCCCCGGAGCCCUGGUGGUCUGCGGGAGCGUCCACCAGGGGGUCUGUGAACUGCGGACUUUGGGGCGACUUGAGCAGCUACUGAAGUUAGACCGGCCCGGGGACACCCAAUAUGUCGCUGCCAAUGACCCUGAGGUCAGCACGGUGGGCUUGGUGGCCCCCAAUUCAGCCGGGGAUCCCCUUCUCUUCGUGGGGCGGGGUUAUACCAGCAGGGGUGUCGGGGGUGGCAUCCCCCCUAUCACAACCCGGGCCCUGCGACCCCCAGACCCCCAGUCUGCCUUCUCCUAUGAAGAGACAGCCAAGCUGGCCGUAGGCCGCCUCUCGGAGUAUAGCCACCACUUCGUGAGCGCCUUCGCGCGUGGGGCCAGCGCCUACUUCCUGUUCCUGCGACGAGAUCUCAAGACCCCCUCGAGAGCCUUCCGGGCCUACGUGUCCCGCGUGUGUCUCCGUGACCAACACUAUUACUCCUACGUGGAGCUGCCCCUGGAUUGCCGGGGCGGCGGCUACGGUCUGAUGCAAGCGGCGGCCGUGGCCACCUCGGGCGACAUGCUGUUCGCCGCCUUCUCCUCCGUGGCUUCCCCGACGGUGGACUGGCCCCCGUCGGCCACGCCCAGGGCCUCCCACACCUCGGUGCUCUGCGCCUUCCCCCUGGAUGACGUCGAUCGCCUGGCCAAUGACACGCGCGAUGCCUGUUACACGCGAGAAGGCCGGGCUGAGAAUGGGACCAAGGUGGCCUAUAUCGCCUACGACGUCAUUUCCGACUGCGCACAGCUGCCCGUGGACACACCAGAUGCUUUUCCCUGCGGCUCCGACCACACGCCCAGCCCCAUGGCCAGCCGCGUCCCUUUAGAAGCCACGCCGAUUCUGGAAUUGCCAGGAGUUCAGCUAACAGCCGUGGCGGUCACCGUGGAGGAUGGGCACGCCAUUGCGUUCCUGGGUGACACACAAGGACAACUGCAUAGGGUCUACCUGGGCCCCGGGAACAAUGUCAACCUUUACUCUAAAGAGAGCAUCCAGCCUGGGUCUCCCGUGAGCAGAGAUCUUACCUUUGAUGGGACCUUCGAGAACCUGUAUGUCAUGACCCAAACUACAGUUGUGAAGGUUCCUGUGGCCCCCUGUGCCCAGCACCUAGACUGUGCCUCCUGCCUGGCCCACAAGGAUCCGUAUUGUGGGUGGUGUGUACUCCUGGGAAGGUGCACUCGCCGUUCAGAAUGUUCCAGGGGCCAAGGCCCAGAGCCGUGGCUAUGGAGCUUUCAGCCUGAGCCGGGCUGUCUGCGAGUAGCAGCUCUCAGCCCUGCCAACAUCAGCCGAGAGGAGUGGAGGGAGGUUUUCCUGUCGGUCCCAGAUCUGCCUCCUCUGUGGCCCGGGGAGUCCUAUUCCUGCCAUUUUGGGAACCAUCAGAGUCCUGCCCUGUUGACCGGUUCCGGCGUGACCUGUCCGUCCCCAGAUCCUAGUGACACUCCGGUGCUGCCAAGAGGAGCCGACCAUGUCUCUGUGGACGUAGAGGUCCGGUUUGGCGACGUGGUGAUCGCUACCGCGUCUCUCUCCUUCUAUGACUGUGUGGCUAUCACAGAGCUCCAUCGAUCCGCACCGUGCCAGGCCUGCGUGAGCAGCCACUGGGGUUGUAAUUGGUGUGUUUGGCAACACCGCUGUACACAUAAGGCCGCUUGUGAUGCCGGCCCCAUGGUGGUGAGCCAGCAGAGCCCGCUCGUCCCCCUGACCCCUCCCGCAAGAGAUACCCCCGCCCCCGUGCCCUCUGCGGCCCCCCAAGCCACAGUCGCCCCUCCUCCCGAGCCCCGAUCUUGGGAGCCCGGGGCCCCGCCGUCCGUGACGACGGCUUCCGACGUCCCCCCCGGGGCCCAGCCUUCUUUGCUCAGCCUCUGGGGACCCUGGGCAGGUCCGGGUCCCCUCUCUUCUCCCACGGCGACGCCCCAGCCCCUCCCUUCCGGCCUCCCCACCCGACCUGGAGCUGUCCUGGCUGCCCCCACCGACGUGGGAGCGAGGGCCACGCCUGAGGACCUCUCGGCCUCCCUCCCGUUACCCCCAGAUGCCGCGUCCGUGCCCCCCGCACGGCCCAGCCCUGAGGCCACGCCCUCCUCCACGGUGGCCCCGGACCUGUCCCCUGUCACUGCUCCUGCCACCACCAUUUUCCCAGGGGCCACCAGCUCCACCGAGGCUGUGCCGGACCCGCGCGUGAGCGAAGGCGGCGACGGCGCCACGCCACCCGACGCGGACGAGUGGAUGGGGGGCGACCCUCCCGCCUUCUCCACCUCCACCCUCCUCUCAGGUGACGGAGACUCAGCUGAGCACGAGGGCCCUCCUGCCCCCCUCAUCCUCCUGUCCAGCCUCGACUACCAGUACGACACCCCCGGGCUCUGGGAGCCGGAAGAGGCGAAUCAGAGGGUGAGGUCGUGUCCCUGCGUGGAACGCGUCCACGGCUCCGUGCUCAUGCCCGUGUCGGUGGAACGAGAGAUCCAGCUGCAAGGCAGGAACCUGCACCUCCUCCAGGAUGGCCCAGGGGGCAGCGAGUGCGUGAUGGAGCUGGAGGGCCUCGAGGUCGCCGUGGAAGCGCGAGUGGAGUGUGAGCCGCCCCCACGCGUCACGUGCCACAUCACGUGCCGGCAGCGUCAGCUCACCUAUAAGGCCGUGCAGCCGGAGCUCCCGGUGGGGCUGUUUCUGCGCUGGGCCGGCCGCCUGCGUGUGGACAGCGCGGAGGGUCUGCGCGUGGUCCUGUACGACUGCUCCGUGGGACACGGGGACUGCAGCCGCUGCCAGACUGCCCCGCCCCAGUAUGGCUGUGUGUGGUGCGAAGGGGAACAUCCACGUUGCGUGGCCCGGGAGGCCUGUGACAACGCCGAGGCCGUGGCGACCCAGUGUCCCGCGCCCCUCAUCCACUCGGUGACCCCGCUGACUGGGCCUAUCGAGGGGGGCACUCGUGUCACCCUCAGAGGCUCCAAUCUGGGUCAGCACGUACAGGAUGUGCUGGGCAGGGUCUCGGUGGCCGGAGUGCCCUGUUCUGUGGACGUCCAGGAGUAUGAGGUGUCCAGCAGUCUUGUGUGCAUCACCGGGUCCAGUGGAGAGGAGGUGACUGGUGCGGUGGAGGUGGAAGUGCCCGGAAGAGGUCGGGGUGUCUCUGAGUUCAACUUUGCCUACCAGGACCCAAAGGUGCAGUCCAUCUUCCCGGCCCGCGGCCCCCGGGCUGGGGGCACCCGCCUCACCCUGCGUGGCUCUCAGCUUCUGUCCGGUCGGCUGGAGGACAUCCGAGUGGUGAUUGGACAACAGUCUUGUCAUUUGCUGUUGGAGCAACAGGCAGAGCAGCUGCGGUGCCAAACCGCCCCGUACCCCACACCUGCCGUCCUCCCCGUCGCCGUGUGGUUUGGGGCCACGGAGCGGAAGCUGCAGCACGGCCAGUUCAAGUACACCCCGGACCCCAACGUCACCUCCGCCGGCCCCAGCAAAAGCUUCCUCAGCGGAGGGCGUCAGGUUUGGGUGCACGGCCAGAACCUGGAUGUGGUGCAGACGCCAAGAAUCCGGGUGACGGUGGUCUCGAGGGGGCUGCAGCCUGGCCCGGGGCUGGGGCGCACGCGCCGGGUGGUGCCGGAAAUGGGGUGCACCCCUGGAGGACUCUGCAGCGAUCGCCAGUUUGAGGAGCCCUGCCUCGUGAACUCCUCCCAGCUCAUCGUGUGCCCCACGCCCGCCCUCCCGGGCCUGCCCGAGAUCCCCCGCGUGCGGGUGGAGUUCAUCUUCGACAACCUGCUCUUCGACUUCGCCACGCUCAGCCCCACUCCUUUCUCCUACGAGGCGGACCCCACCCUGCAGCCCCUCAACCCCGAGGACCCCACCACGCCAUUCCGGCACAAGCCUGGGAGUGUGUUCUCCGUGGAGGGGGAGAAUCUGGACCUGGCUAUGUCCAAGGAGGAAGUGGUGGCCAUGAUCGGACACGGCCCCUGUGUGGUGAAGACACUGACCCGACACCACCUCUACUGCGAGCCCCCGGCCGCGCAGCCGCUUCCUCGGCACCAGGCCCUCAGGGAGGCACCUGACGAGCUGCCAGAGUUCACGGUACACAUGGGGAACCUGCGCUUCUCCCUGGGUCACGUGCAGUACGAUGGAGAAAGCCCCGUGGCUUUUCCCGUGGCAGCCCAGGUGGGCUUGGGGGUGGGCGCGUCUCUCCUGGCUCUGGGUGUCGUCGUCAUUGUCCUCAUGUACAGGAGGAAGAGCAAGCAGGCCCUGAGGGACUACAAGAAGGUGCAGAUCCAGUUGGAGAAUCUGGAGAGCAGCGUGCGGGAUCGGUGCAAGAAGGAAUUUACAGACCUGAUGACCGAGAUGACGGAUCUCACCAGUGACCUGCUGGGCAGUGGCAUCCCGUUCCUUGACUACAAGGUGUACGCCGAGCGUGUCUUCUUCCCCGGGCACCAGGAAUCGCCCUUACACCGGGAUCUGGGGGUACCCGAGUGCAGGCGGCCCACUGUGGAACAAGGCCUGGGGCAGCUCUCCAACCUGCUCAACAGCAAGCUUUUCCUCACCAAGUUCAUCCACACACUGGAGAGCCAGCGCACCUUCUCGGCUCGGGACCGCGCCUACGUGGCCUCCCUGCUCACCGUCUCCCUGCACGGGAAGCUGGAGUACUUCACCGACAUCCUCCGCACGCUGCUGAGCGACCUGGUGGCCCAGUACGUGGCCAAGAACCCCAAGCUGAUGCUACGCAGGACAGAGACGGUGGUGGAAAAGCUGCUCACCAACUGGAUGUCCAUCUGCCUCUACACCUUUGUGAGGGACUCGGUAGGGGAGCCUCUGUACAUGCUCUUCCGGGGGAUUAAGCAUCAAGUGGACAAAGGCCCUGUGGACAGUGUUACUGGCAAAGCCAAGUACACCCUGAAUGACAACCGGCUGCUGCGUGAGGACGUGGAGUACCGGCCCUUGACCUUGAAUGCGCUUUUGGCUGUGGGGCCGGGGGCAGGACAGGCCAGUGUGCCGGUGAAGGUUCUGGAUUGCGACACCAUCUCGCAAGCCAAGGAGAAGAUGCUGGAUCAGCUUUAUAAAGGACUGCCUCUCGCCCAGCGCCCCGACCCCCGCACGCUGGAUGUUGAAUGGCGGUCGGGCGUGGCUGGCCACCUCAUCCUUUCUGACGAAGACGUCACUUCUGAGGUGCAGGGUCUGUGGAGACGCCUGAACACCCUGCAGCACUACAAGGUGCCAGACGGAGCCACGGUGGCCCUCGUGCCUUGCCUCACCAAGCACGUCCUCCGAGAAAAUCAAGAUUACGUCCCCGGAGAGCGAACCCCAAUGCUGGAGGAUGUAGACGAGGGGGGCAUCCGGCCCUGGCACCUGGUGAAGCCAAGUGAAGAGCCAGAGCCGCCCAGGCCUCGGCGAGGCAGCCUCCGGGGCGGGGAGCGGGAGCGGGCCAAGGCCAUCCCCGAGAUCUACCUGACCCGCCUGCUGUCCAUGAAGGGCACCCUGCAGAAGUUCGUGGACGACCUGUUCCAGGUGAUCCUCAGCACCAGCCGCCCGGUGCCCCUGGCGGUGAAGUAUUUCUUCGAUCUGCUGGACGAGCAGGCCCACCAACAUGGCAUCUCCGACCAGGACACCAUCCACAUCUGGAAAACCAACAGUUUGCCACUGAGGUUCUGGAUCAAUAUCAUCAAAAACCCACAGUUCGUGUUUGACGUGCAAACAUCGGACAACAUGGACGCGGUGCUCCUGGUCAUCGCUCAGACCUUCAUGGAUGCCUGCACCCUGGCUGACCACAAGCUGGGCCGGGACUCCCCCAUCAACAAGCUUCUAUAUGCACGGGAUAUUCCCAGAUACAAGCAGAUGGUGGAGAGGUACUACGCGGACAUCCGACAGACCAUCCCUGCCAGUGACCAAGAGAUGAACUCCGUUCUGGCUGAGCUGUCGCGGAGCUACUCUGGCGACCUCGGGGCACGCGUGGCCCUGCAUGAACUCUACAAGUAUAUCAACAAAUACUAUGAUCAGAUCAUCACUGCCCUGGAAGAAGAUGGGACAGCCCAGAAGAUGCAGCUGGGCUACCGGCUCCAGCAGAUCGCAGCUGCUGUGGAGAAUAAGGUCACAGACCUCUAACACCACCCCACGGACACGACCCAGCCUGCGACGGCCUCGGCCUGCGUGGCCCACCUGACGGUCGAGAGAGAAGCCUCCGCCUUCUUAGACGCCUGUAGCUACUGACAAAGCAGAGUUAGUGGAAGGUGGCUUUGCGUCUCUGGGGGAGCUCUGACGCCCCCCCCCACACACACACACACUUUGCAGGCCUGGGGCUUUGAAAGCCCCUGGGGUGGGGUGCGGGACGGCUAGUAAUGCCCUAUGGGCUAUUCCCUGUGUGACAUCAGGCUGAAGAGAGCUAGGAAGGGAAAGGGGUGGGGGGGGUCUAGAAUGGCUGGCAGGGCCUCCAGGCCCCUGGGGUAGAGGGGGGAGUCUGAUUUGUUCCUGAGCACUAGUGUUGGGGUUGUUUUUUUUUUUAAUUUUUGUCCCAUCAGAGGAAAGGAAAGGAGCCCUUCCUCCCCCCCUAUCCCCCUCCAUCCUCCUGGACGUCCAUUUAGCACCCCUCUUGUCCUUGCUGCUGUCAUGUCCAAAGUUGGAGAGAUAACAACUUAUCUAGGCAAGGCGCCCCCUCCCCAUUCCCUCCCUCCCAGGGAGCCGGGGUUGAGGGGUGCCUGUUGCAGGGGGUUCUGGGUAGAAGGGGGCGACCCACGGACCCAGCCCUUCAUUAAAAGGAUAACACACUG